AUGCAGCCUCGCGUAUCGCAGCGCCCUUCGCUUGCAUGUCGUGAAUGCACGCGUAGGAAGCGGAAAUGCGACAAGAAGAUCCCCUGCUCGCGCUGUGUGCGCUUGAGCCUGCAAUGUGACCGCGAGGUCAUAUAUCUCCGGCGCCACAUCAGCCAGAACGGCUCGGAGAUAGCCUUCCUCACAUCGUUGCGCGAGGAGCUCCAGAGCCCUAAUCCCAGCAAAGUCGCAAAGGCCGUGCAGAAAAUCACCGAGAGGAUCGGCCUUCUCCACUCGGGUCAAGCCAAGGAAUCGCCCAGCAGAUCAGACGUCGGCUGUGACAUUCUCCAGGAGCUGCCCAGCCCAGACAAAAAGGCCCAGUCGGAGCUGUCGGAUGUCCCAGACUCGCAAGCCGAACCCCAGAUCGACCCUGACGGCCAGGAUUCUCUCAUCGUGACAGCUCUGGAGCAGAUCGCAUGGGGCCGGAACUACGGCAACUGCUACCCGCAUCGCCGUUGUGCUUGUCAUCACAACCGCAGCUGGUCCGAGCUGUCGUCUAUCGACAGCCAGUCCUUUCAGUUUGCCCGCUCCCCGUUUGCCGCCACGCUCAAUCUUCCCCACCGCGAUCUAGCGAAUGUCCUCAUCUCCUUCCACACGGACAAUGUUGCCUGGCACCACAAUUGCCUGCACUCGCCGACUUUUCUGCAGCAGUGCAACAUCUUCUGGAACACGGGAGAAUGCGACCAGCUCCAGUGGAUCGCGCUCUACUGCUCCGUCCUUGCCACGUCGCUGUUCUGCCUUCAGCAUAGCCCAAAGUAUCACGAUAAAUACGGAUACGCUCUGGGAUCUGUGCCUUAUUCGGCGCAAGAGCUGUUCAAAACAAUGCUGGACAUACUCUACGAAAGCAACUUCUUGCAGAACCUAUCGCUGUAUUCCGUACAGGCCAUUGUCAUCUCCACGGAAGUUGCCCACAACCUUGGCCACAGCCAGCUCAAUGCGACCCUUUUCAGUGCAGCGAUCAGGAUAGCCGAGUGCCUAGGAGUGCACAAGAUCGGAGAUCCGAAACCGGACAUUCUGGCCUCUGACGUUCCGCUGCCUCGGGAAGAAUGGUAUGCCAUGUUAGAGAGAGAGGUUGGGCGCCGGGUCUGGCUGCAAAUGGUCAUCCAAGAUCACUUUGCAAUCCCGUUUACAGAUUCCUACGGCAUCUAUCCUGCGCAGUACUCUACCAAAAUACCCAGCAACGCCAACGACGCCAACCUCAAAGCCAUGCCCGAUAACAUACCGACCGUCAGCACGUAUACACGUGUCCUAUCAUCGAUUGCCGAUCUCAUGCCUGAGCUAGCCGACGGCAUGGGCCCCUUGAAGGAGCGAAAGUCAGUACGUAGGCAGUACGAACAUGUGUUGGCAAUGGACCAGAAGAUGAGACAUGUUGUGCGGGCCAUCCCUCAGUUUCUUCUGCAGGCCAACCCGCUUCUCGAGGCCCAGAUACCUUGGCUUGGCAUAGCUCGCCAGAGUCUUGCCGUCACGGCCGCCGAAAAGAUCAUCAUGAUUCACCGGCCGUUCAUGUUUCGGUCCUUUCAGUCACCGGCGUAUGCGCCUACCCGGCGAACGUGCGUCUCGGCAUCCAUGACAAUCUUGCGCAACCACAGGAGCAUUACCGAAUCGGGCGAAGUUUCGCUGUGGACCCAUACGGCCUUCUGUAUCACGGCAGCCUUGAUUCUCUGCUUUGAAAUCAUCUGCAAUCGGGGAGAAGACCACGCAGACGACCUGCAUAGUCAAAGAGCCAUGUACGGAAAUGCAAUUGAUCACGCGCGCCAGUACUUGACAAGUCGUACUGGCGACGUGCUGGCCCAGCGUGGUGUGCUGCUGAUCAAUGCCAUCUUCUCGGGAGUUCCUGGAGAAGCCCAGGCACCGGCCUCAAUCAGCUUUGCCGAUGUUGUCUCUCGUUUCACCUUGGACUGGGCUAUCUUGGGCCUGAAUAGCGAAAUUCAACAGCAAUCGGCGGAAUCUCCGGUUGACUUGCGGCCUACACUUCGAGGAUCACCUAGUGUGCAUGGGGCUGGCUUCAGUCCAGAGUUUGAAGACUUUGAUGCCUGGUUCCAGCAUAUCUUCUCCACCGGUGCCGAAGCGUUUGAGUAG